GUCCUAAAUCAAUCAAACAAAAAAAUGACAGCUCUAAACUAAUUUGUGAUGAAAUUGUUUUCAAAGUGAUUUUCAUGUAAUCAGCCAGAUAACAAUCCUGUAAACAAUGGAGGCGGUGCCCAAGUUGCCGUUGUUGAGUUUCGAGCUUAAAGUGAGUCCGGAGACCACACACUUUGGGCCAAAACUUAAGCAGUACAUUGCGGACGCAUACAGGGAAGACCCUGAGAGCUAUAGCAAUGAGAUGCAUCAGCUGGAAAGCCUGCGGUCGUCCGCCGUGAGGCCUUCUAUUGACGCAGCAGGUCUGGGCGCGCUAUACAGAUAUUUCUGCCAACUCAGAGCCAUCCAGAGCAGGUUUCCGAUGGCUAAAGGACAACCAGCAGCUUGUACAUUUGCCUGGAAAGACCUUUAUGCAAACAUGAGCAGUCCCCUAGCAGAUAUUCGUUUUGAAAUGGCCUGUAUCUUACACAACAUUGGGGCUCUGCACACCCAGCUUGGGGCUUCAGAGCCUCGCACAUCUCCAGAAAGUCUAAAAGCAGCAUGUACUCACUUCCAAAAUGCGGCAUGGGCUUUCCAACUGGUGAAGGAACAGUAUCCACAGCCAACAGGGAUAGAUGUGUCACCGGAAAUGAUGACAUUGCUGCAAGAGAUCUGCUUUGCUCAAGCGCAAGAGUGCAUACUUGAAAAGAGUAUUCAGGACACUAGGAAACCUAGUGUUAUAGGUGCUGUGGCAACCCAGGUGAUGUUUUUCUACCGCAACUGCCUGAACCACCUCGGAGCAUCAACUGGCUCUGAAAAUGUCCAUGAAAUAAUUGGUGGCAAGCUCUACAACUUCUGGCAUCGGUUCCUGUCGUUCAAAUCAUCUUAUAUUGGCUGUAUUGUGUGCUUAUAUCAAGGAAUGAAUGCUGAAGAACAACAGAAGAUGGGCGAACGCGUAGCCUUCUACCAGCUCGCCGUGGACAAGCUAACCGAAGCCCAGAAGCUCGCCAAAUACGUAGAACCCGUCCAGGUCACGAAGGAAGCCCUCACAUUCACCAACGACGUGGUGGAGGGCAAGAGGAAAGCGGCAAAGAAUGAGAAUGAGUUUAUAUACCACGAGGAAGUGCCAGACAAGGAUUUGCUUAUGGAUAUGAAGCCGGUGUGCUUAGUUAAGGCUUUGCCGGUCAAUUUGAAUGAUCCUGAGGUGUCAGGUCCAGAUAUAUUCUCGCGCCUGAUCCCAAUGGGCGCUCACGAGGCUUCCUCUGUCUACUCAGAAGAAAAGGCCAAGUUGCUACGUCAAGUGGUCGGCCAAGUUGAAGCCAAGAACACUGAGCUUACUGAGUUCAUGUCAUCACUGCAGCUUGAUCAGUUGGAGGUGCUGGAUUCCGAUCAAAAGAUACCUCAAGAGAUAGUGGACAGAUGUGCAGCCAUGAACGCCAAGACCGAGGUCAUACAAACGUUGGUUGAUUCCAUGAACAAUCUCGCUGAGAUCAUCAGCGACGUCGAGAACUCGCUCGCAGAAAUCAAGACUCUCAUCCAGGAAGAAACAAUGAAAGAAAAAGAAUUCCAAAAAGUCAUGGGACCACGCCCACCCUCCAUAGUACAAACCGAACUAUCAAGAGAGUUCCACAAAUACCAGGAGGCCCAUGCGAGAACUAACGAGUCUAACCAAGUGCUGCAUAAAGCUAUGACGCUGCAUAUAGCUAAUCUGAGGCAGUUGGCGGUGCCAUUAGAUGUGCUGCAGAGUAGGAUUCCUACUAUCGACAAUAUUGAGGGCCUAGACCGCGAAGCUAUGGCCGAAAUGCGUCGCGUGGUCGGCAAAGCGCGCCACAUGCAGGCCCAGCGCGACCAGCUGGUGAGCGCGCUGCGCGCCGCCGUGGCCGCCGACGACGUCACGGCGGCGCUGCUGGCGCGCGCCGCCGAGCCCAGGGACCAGCUGUUCGGGCAGGAGCUCGCCAAGCAUGACGCUCAGGUGAAAAUAAUAGAAACUAACCUCGCGGCCCAAGAGAAUAUCAUCAAUCGACUAACUUCUCUAUACGCUUCGUACGGAGAGUCAAGACGUAUGCUAUCGGACUUGCUGAGGAAGCGAGAGAGCAUCAUCAACGCCCUCAUAACCUCCUACGACACGUACGGAGAGCUCCUCGGCAAGUGUCAGAAGGGUCUGGAGUUCUACAAGAAGUUGAGCCACAACGUCAACCAACUGCUCACGAGGCUGCGAGGAACAUGCCAAGUUCAAGAGGAGGAGAGAGAAUCACUGCUUGCGAAGAACAGUAAGGGUAGUAAAGCGGCGACCCCGGUACCGUCUUCACCGGCAAGAAUGGACAGAGCUGACAGCGUUGAGCCUCGAAGCGAGGGUUCCGGUCUCAAACUGAAGGAUUAUUUGCCUUAUAUGAAGAAGAGACAACUGCCCAAGACUCCUCAAGGAACAGGUCAACCAGAUACGUUACCACCAGAAGCAUACUACCCGGAGUCGAUAUACCCGACAUCCGUGAGACCAGCUCCUGUUGGAUCAGAAGCAACCGACCCAACCCAAAUGCAACUGCCAGACGGUGUGGUCAUGCCUCAAAUGAUGCCGAAUCAGUACGCCCGCUACGGCACACCCUACACCCAAGAACCCGAACCAUACUCCACACCCUCAAAUUACUCCUACCCUACCAAAGGCUACGAAAAACCCGAGGAAAACCCUUAUUAUUCAGCCUACACCCCUCCUCAAUUCUCCCACCAAAUGACUAACCCACAAACAUAUGCUAACCCUUACUAUUCUGGCUCUCAAGACAGCGGGACUAUAAUAACCGAUUCACAAAGUAACUCUUACACUAUGCACAGCCAAGCCAAUGCUAACAUGCCUACUAAUAGCCAAAGCGUGCCAAGUAGUGUACCAAGCAAUAGCCAAACUAACGCACCAUACAUUUACGAUAUGUACGGGCAAAAUCAAAUAGCACCAAUCCCUGAAAAUCCAUCAAUGAAUUAUUCUGGACAAGAUUUGAGCGCUAACUUCUCACAAAUGCAAGUAUCAGCGCCUAAAGAUUACCAACCGCCGAAUUUCGGUAACGAUUAUUCUCAAACAUAUUAUAGCGUGAACUACCCUCAAGCAGCGACGCCCAAUAUGGCGACAUAUAGUAACGCUGAACAGAAUAACUCAAACACUAAUUCCACGCAAAGUACUGAUUUUAAUACUCUAAAUUAUCCAUACAGCGAUGUGCCAUAUGCUCCUAAUUCUGCGUCAACGUACGCACCCAAUUCUGCCGUUUCAACAUACGCACCCAAUUCUGCUGUUUCAACGUACGCACCCAAUCCGGGUUCCACGUUCGCACCCAAUUCUACGGCUACUUCGUACGCACCUGCCUCCGUUGCUUCGUAUGCUCCUAGCCCUGCGACUUCUACGUACGCUCCUAAUUCUGCUGCUUCCAAUUACGCACCAAAUUCUACGGGCUCUACUUACGCCCCUAACUCUGCUCCUAACGUUUCUGCAUACAGUUCAGAGCAAUAUAACUUCACAACAGGCUACGACGCAUCAUCACAAAGCUACCCAGUAUACACGAACGCCGACACCACAUCUUAUUCCACCACCACAGUCACAAAUAUCCCUGUAUCCAUCGAGUCUACAUACAAUCCUCCCGAACCAAACCCAGUACUAUCCCAAAUAGACGCUUUCGACCAACCAAUCAAGUCCCAUGUCACCGGCGAAGCGUUGAACUAUCCUAACUACCAAACUUACGAGCCUAGCUACACCCCAACCCCUAACCCAGAGACAACACCCACUUCAAACUUCUACCAAGACCCAGCGAACGUGAACUACGCACAUACCUACCAAAACCAUCCGGGUUAUAACUUCAAUCCAGGCACAGGAGGUUACGACUACAACUACGGCUCGCAGAAUUCUUAUGCCAGCUACGUGCAACCGAAUAUAGAACCUCAGUCAAACCCUAAAGAUCCAAAUUGGAACGCGCAAGGGGUCUACACGAGCGCUGGGGCGUGUGAAACUGUUCAAUCCCCUUCAGAGACGCCUCAAACGCCGCAGCAAAGCGAUAAUCAGACUUAUUACAAUACGCCGUACGGAUAUAUUACUAAUACUAAUCAGUCACAAAAGGUGGUGUCGAAUCCUGAAGUAACGACCACGAAUUAUGGUGCCAAUGUGAAUCAGUCGACUUAUAUGCAGUCUGGGGAACAGUACAACACUAAUGUCACCUUUAGUAAUAACAAAGUAACGACACCCAAGGAAGAAAAAGAGCAGCCAACUUUUGAGGUAAAACCAGAGCCGAUCCAAAGUCCACCAGAACAAGAAAUUCAGGAACCUACACCAAUAAAAGAAGAACCUGAAACGGCCCCUGAGCCCUCCGUUUUCGACUUAUUAUCAGACAUAGAUUUCUCAGUUGAACAAAAACCACUAAUGCCUCAAAUAAAAGUACCACAAAUAUCAGAAAGCGCAAUCAAAAAGCCUUUACCAGCGCCUAAAGUUGAACCAACCCCCAAGCCAGUGCCAAAGGAAGAAGUGAUACAACGGCCAGCCAAAAGAGACCUGUUUUCGGAUCCUAGUUUGCUGAAUAGUUUUACGCAGGAGGUGAAGAAUUUGCAGACCUUGGUCGACUCGUUGACGAAUAAAGCGCCAGGUGGAUUGACGCUUUUGGACUCUAAAUGGAAGUCGUUCCAGGAUAUACAAAGUAAAGAAAACAUGACGCGAUCGAAGAACAUCGCGAAGCAACACAAGAGUGGCAAUAUUGCGCCCUACGACGACUCGCGACUGACGCUCAGGAGUGACGCGAACGCGUACAUCAACGCUUCUUAUUAUAAGCAACUGGCUCCCUGGUGCAUUCCCCUGGUGAUAUCCGCGAUGCCAGAAGAGAGGAAUUACAGUGUUUUCUGGAAGGCGGUGUUGGAAAACAAAAUCACUUCCGUCGUUUGCUUGCUGAGCGAAAUUGAGAUGCAAGGCAAAUUCUACUGGCCAACGGCGAAGGGCCAGUCCUUAGACCUCCCCGGAGUUAAGGUGGUGCUCGAUGACGUCACAUGCACUGUACAUUGGACUGAACGGAAACUUACAGUGGCUCACGGGACUACUGUGCAUAAAGUGAAUCAUUAUCAGAUCAGCGUAUUCCCUGCCAAAAUCGUCUGCUCCCCUCUAAUCCUCCUCGUGGACAAGAUCCUAUCGGAAACCUUCGAGAACCGUCUCAGUAAUCAACUCAGUGGCGCCUGGCUUCAAUGCGGUACGGGCGGCGGGCGGAGCGCGUUACUGGCGCUGAUUAUAGCGCUCGUGUGCCAAGUGCGAGCGGGACAGCCGCAGCUGUGCGAAACUCUGGACUCAGCGUGUGCGAACCUCUACAAGCACCGAACCGAUGUGUUGGAGGACACCAAGUUCCUCGCCGACGCGUACAGGACGGCGCUGUUCUACGUGCAAGGGGUCCUUUGUUCUGGUACCACAUCAUUCAACGGCGAAGCCAUCUCCGUCCCGAGCGGGGCGUCCGUGUUGCCCCCCGUCACGCCGGGCCCCGCCCCCGCCCCCGCCCCCGCCGGCUCCCAGAGAACCAAGUUCUCCCGAGAAUCCUUCGAGGAGAUGAAACAGUCGCCCGGCCUUAAGAGCGGAGACAUGAAGGACCCGCUCAACUUUCUCGAUCCACUGUGGAGCUUGAAGAAAAAAUAAAUCGAUUUUAGACUUUGUUGUGUUAUAGUAAGGUUCGUUUUAGCUGAAACAUCCCCAACGAAACGGCGGACGAUCUACAUAGGCUAAUGUCGAUAAAUUAAUAUUGGUGGGUUUUUGAAGCAGAGAAAAACCUCAACAAAAAACAGAACAAUCAAUAGAUCCUAUUUUGCCGCUAAUAAGUUAAAUUAUUUGAAAUCAUUUCGCGUUUUAUAGUAAAUGAGAUAUCCCUCAAUUUUCGACCCAUAAAUGAAGAAAUAUAGACUGUGUUCGAAUUUCGACUCUACUGCGGUACGGUAAGGUUGCUUUUUGAAUGUGAUAAAUUAGUGGAUAUAGUGAUAGGUAUAUUUACAUUUUCUUUUAAAUUAUUAAAUCGUAGCCUUAGUUUACUUAUUCGAUUAUAAUUUUUGCAUAUUGAUAGAACUACCUUACUUAGUAGCAAAUAUGACAUUGAUUGAGUAAGAUGUGUAUAAUCUAAGACAAUUUCGUGCUUCGAAUUUAACAGGUAAACGAGAUAGAUGGCGCUGUACAGCUCCAAACAUUUUGCGGAAACUCUGUCAAAAGUUGACGUUUGACAAUUCAGUGACCGCAAAACAUGUUUUGGAUGUCAAACUAAGGGGCACGUUUUUUUCUUAGACUUUACCUCUCUAAUACAGUCAAUUAUCUUUGCUUAAUAGUUACUUUCACUAAUGUACGUUGUUAUAGGUAAUGCAUAAGAAGAGGCGAAUGGAAAUAAAGAUGAACAAUGUGAAAAUCAGAUUACAAAAAAAUACUUUCCCAUACAAAAUAUCAACAUCAGACCAGCUAAAAUGUAUGAAACAGCCAAUUUACGAUUUCUGGGUUGGUCCCAUAGUAAAAAUUGCUCAGUAUGACCUAUAUUUUCACCCCGUAAAUUAAUGCAGGUGACUAAAAACAUAUAUAUACUUUUUGGUUUUCACUCUUACGAUACGGAUACAACCCAUGAGGCAAAUCUACUGUACUGUACCUAUUGUAAAAAGUCGGUGUACAUUUUUAUAUUUGUCCCAUUUUCCUCAGUUACUAUUACCCUGGCAAAUAGAUGUUCAGAAAUAUAUUUCAAAGCAAUUAAAUUAUACACUUAUAUUAUCAUCAACAUUAUUUAAAUGAUUAGCGGUUUCUAGAAUUUCUAGACCAAUAUUAAACAAGAAACUAAAGUAUUUUAUAAUUUAAGUAUGCAAUGGUAAGUUGAGUGUAAUUGUUUGUAUCCAAAUCAAUUAUGUAAGGCUCUGGUUUAAAAUUAAUUUCCAAAACAUGUUUAAAGCAAUUUAUGUAAUUAAAGGUUUCAUUGUUUAAUGGUACCUUUUAAAUGUUUCGUCACACCUAAAACCUGAAGAAAGAAGACAAACAAAUUCAAAAAUCCAAAAAGAUAUCGAAGGAGGUGCAUUUAAAAACCACGCAUUUGUUUUGAUUUUUAAUAUACUAAGCUAAGGUGACGUAGGACUAUCACCGGGGCAAGGCAAACACUUGUAUGGAAUCAUCAUUCUGUUUGUCUUGCCCCGAGCAAAAUAAACUAUGUUCGUCCUACGAAAAGAUAAUUGAAAUAGAGGUAUAGUCAAAGAAAACUUUGUUGCCACAAUAAAUUUACUGCUAUAUUUCGAAAAAUUAUUAAAACUUUUAGAACGCCAUUUGACUUUGAUCCUUAUUCUUUCACUGAUAUGUGUUAAAAUUAAAUGUCAAAAAGUGGGGCCAUCUAAUAGAUCAAAGGAAGAAAAGUAGGACAUCGUUUCGAGCAAUGGCGCCAUAACCUUUAGGUUGUGUCCGUUAAGAUGGCGCCAAUUUUAGACACAUAUCAGUGAAAUAAUAAGGAUCAAAGUCAAAUGGCGUUCUAAAAGUUUUAAUCACGUGUCGAGAGAUGGCAGUAAUUUUACGUGGCUACAAAGUUUUCUUUGACAAUACACCUUUGACAUUCUCUUUGGUCUUUUCCCACCUUACCUUACUCAAAAGAAAAUAGGGGCCACUUAGAAUUAUGAUCAUUACAGGGAAACUAAUUUCAUGUUCAUUGAAAUUUGUGAAAAAUGUUUAUUGAAGGCUGAUAGAAAUAAUAAAAAUUAAAUAAGUAGUCAAUUACUUAUUUAAUUUUAUCAGCCUUAAUAAUAACUAAAGCAUUGUUUUAGUUAUUCAAAAAUACAGAAUAUUUAGUGAAAAAUACAGGCUGUGUAAAAUGUAAAAAAGGUGGGGAAUUUGCUAUCGUUUCCGGCCACCAAAAAAUCUAGGCCCACGGAUUUUAAAAAUUAAUAUUGAAAAGUAAUAAAGAUUUACAUUACAUAUAACAAUAAAAAUAUAGGCCUUACCACUUCCAUUUUUUUUUAUUAAAGUUGAAACAGGUAAGUUCUUAAGGACUUACCAAAAUUAAUUUUAAAAAGACGAAAAAAUCUGUGGGUACAAUAUUUUUGGAGGUCUGGGUUAACGAUCUAACCUAUCUGACAUUUAAAUUUGGCAAAAAGGCACCAAUCAUCCUGUUUUCACGUUGUGCUUUUCACGUAACGUUAAAAAUCUUCGUGACCCCUAUUUUCUUUGAGCAGUAUAUUUUUAGUUACAAGUAAUUACAAGUCGGUUGCUAAUUAACGAUACCUAUGUUAUUAAAAGAAGCUUUAUUGUAAGGCUUAUAAUUUAUGAAUGAUUCAGCUUAGUUUAGUGACUUAUAUUUAAUAGAUUAUAUAUUAUGAUCAUUGAUCAAUGUAGAUAAUAUCUCUGAACAAUAAAAAAGUUAUAAAGUUAAAUGUACAAUUCUGGUGAAAUAAUGGACUUAUCGAAAUUUUUACCAUAAUAUUACUAGUUUACAAUGUACCUAUUGUUCAUACAUAUGUAAUGUUUUAAUAGUUCAUUCAAUUAAAUGUAUGACUGAA